AUGAUAUCAAUGGAAGGGAAAGGGCUCUACUUCUUUUGCUCCAUUUUACUAUCUCUAUUCACAUUUUGCACCUCAGUAGACACCAUAACAACAGAUCACCCCAUCACAGAUGGCACUACCAUAGUUUCAGCAGGUGGCAACUUUGAACUUGGAUUUUUCAGCCCUGGAAAAUCCAAGAAUCGAUAUGUUGGCAUUUGGUACAGCAAGAUACCUACUAAGGAUGUGGCCUGGGUUGCUAACAGAGAAACUCCGCUAAACAACACUUUUGGCAAGCUAAUGCUCAAAGACAAUGGGAUCCUAGUACUCCUAGAUGGUAGCAAUGAAGAAAUCUGGUCAUCGAAUUCAUCAAUAUCCUUGAAAAAUCCAGUGGCUCAGCUUUCAGACACAGGAAAUCUUGUUGUGAGAGAGGGAAAUGACCAUAGUUCCAAAAAUUCCGCCUGGCAGAGUUUUGAUUAUCCUGGUAAUACUUUGCUACCAGGCAUGAAGGUUGGCCAGAACUUAGCCACCGGCCACGUCUGGAGCCUGACAUCAUGGAAGAGCAAUGAUGAUCCUGCUCUAGGUGAAUACACAGAAAUGCUGGAUGUUGAUGGAUUCCCUCAACUUUUUCUUUACAGGGGCGUAAAUAAAUCUAUUAGUUUUAGACAUGGGCCAUGGAAUGGACAGAUCUUUACUGGUACACCUAAUCUUAAGAACAAUUCAUAUUAUACGAUUGGGUUUUUUAUGGAUCAGAGGGAGAUAUACUACAAAUAUGAGCUUGUUAAUAAUUCAGCUCCAAGCAGGGUUGUAUUAAAUUCAGCUAGCACUACUCAGCGCUUAAUUUGGAUUGAACGAACCCAAAGUUGGUCUGUUUACUUGACAUGUCAAAUAGAUAACUGCGACUAUUCAUUGUGUGGAGCUUUUGGUAAGUGCAAUAUCAACAACUCCCCUCCCUGUCACUGUCUUAAAGGAUUUAUCCCAAAAUACCAACAAGAGUGGGAUGGAACAGAUUGGUCAAAUGGGUGCAUCCGAAAAACUCAAUUGGAUUGUGGGGAUGGAGACAUGUUUUUGAAAUACACAGGUAUAAAAUUGCCGGACACACGCCAUUCCUGGUUCAACAGGAGCAUUGGCCUUGAGGAAUGUAAGAGAUUGUGCUUGAAAAAUUGCAACUGUACAGCUUAUUCUAAUGUAGAUGUAAGAGAUGGUGGAAGUGGAUGCUUGCUCUGGUUUGGAGACCUAACUGAUAUUAGGGAGAUUGAUCAAGUUGACCGAGAUCUAUAUGUGAGGAUAGCUGCAUCAGAUCUUGAUAAUUACCAAAAUGAACAGAAGAAACAAGAGGCAAUGAAGAUAGUCAUGCCAACAAUUUCAGGGAUACUUAUUUUAAGUUCUUUGGUUUGGUUUGCACUAUAUACAAGGAAAAAAGGAGCUGGAAUAGACAAAGAAGUCCAUGAUUUACCAUUGUUCACUUUGGAAACAGUUGUUUCUGCAACAAACAACUUUUCUUCUGAUAAUCUUAUUGGAAAGGGUGGAUUUGGACAUGUUUACAAGGGUAAGCUAUUUGUUGGAACAGAAAUAGCAGUUAAAAAGCUUUCAGAAAAUUCACACCAAGGAGCUCAGGAGUGGGAGAAUGAAGUGAUCAUAAUUGCCAAACUUCAACAUAGGAACCUUGUCAGACUUCUAGGUUGCUGUGCUGAGGGGAGACAAAGGAUGCUAAUAUAUGAAUAUAUGCUAAACAAUAGCUUGGAUUACUUCAUAUUUGAUGAGAGCAGAAAAAGAAUACUUACAUGGCAAACACGCUUUGUAAUUGCGACGGGAAUAUCACGUGGACUCCUUUAUCUUCACCAAGACUCCAGAUUGAAAAUUAUACAUAGAGAUCUGAAGAUGAGCAACAUAUUACUGGAUGCUGAAUUGAACCCCAAGAUUUCUGACUUUGGCCUUGCUAGAAUUGUAGAAGAAGAUGAUGGCCUAGCAAAAACGAAGCGAGUUAUAGGGACAUAUGGUUACAUGUCACCCGAGUAUGCCGUUGAUGGAAACUUCUCUGUAAAAUCAGAUGUUUUCAGCCUUGGAGUGAUUUUAUUGGAACUCAUUAGUGGAAUAAAGAACAGGGCAUUUCAUCAUUCAGAUCAUCACCACAAUCUUCUGGGUCAUGCAUGGCUAUUGUGGAAUGAUGGCAACCCUUUAGAACUAAUGGAUAAUUGUGUGAGAGACUCUUAUGUGGAAUCUCAAGUACGAAGAUGCAUUCAUAUAGCUCUUCUUUGUGUUUCGAAACUACCGGAAGAUAGACCAACAAUGGCAUUAGUAGUUUUCAUGUUGGAGAACGAGGAAGUGGCUUUACCUAAACCUAAAGAGCCAGGCUUCUUUGUGGAAAGGAAUUCAACUGAAGCAUCUUCUACAGAUGCGGAAAGAUGCUGCUAUGAAAUCGCAAUGAUAACAUUCAGCACUCUUGAAGUAGACACCAUAACAACAGAUCAUCCCAUCACAGAUGGCACUACCAUAGUUUCAGCUGGUGGCAACUUUGAACUUGGAUUUUUCAGCCCUGGAAAAUCCAAGAGUCGAUAUGUUGGCAUUUGGUACAGCAAGAUACCAACUAAGGAUGUGGCCUGGGUUGCUAACAGAGAAACUCCGCUAAACAACACUUUUGGCAAGCUAAUGCUCAAAGACAAUGGGAUCCUAGUACUCCUAGAUGGUAGCAAUGAAGAAAUCUGGUCAUCGAAUUCAUCAAUAUCCCUGAAAAAUCCAGUGGCUCAGCUUUCAGAUGCAGGAAAUCUUGUUGUGAGAGAGGGAAAUGACCAUAGUUUCAAAAAUUCUGCCUGGCAGAGUUUUGAUUAUCCUGGUAAUACUUUGUUACCAGGCAUGAAGCUUGGCCAGAACUUAGCCACGGGUCAAGUCUGGAGCCUGACAUCAUGGAAGAGCAAUGAUGAUCCUGCUCUAGGUGAAUACACAGAAAUGCUAGAUGUUGAUGGAUUCCCUCAACUUUUUCUUUACAGGGGUGUAAACAAAUCUAUUAGUUUUAGACAUGGGCCAUGGAGUGGACAGAUUUUUACUAGUAAACCUAAUCUUAAGAACCAUUCAUAUUAUUAUUAUUAUACAACUGGGUUUUUUAUGGAUCAGAGGGAGAUAUACUACAAAUAUGAGCUUGUUAAUAGUUCAGCUCCAAGCAGGGUCAUAUUAAAUUCAGCUAGCACUAUUCAGCGCUUAAUUUGGAUUGAACGAACCCAAAGUUGGUCUGUUUACUUGACAGGGCAAAUCGAUAACUGCGACAGUUAUUCAUUAUGUGGAGCUUUUGGUAAGUGCAAUAUCAACAACUCCCCUCCCUGUCACUGUCUUAAAGGAUUUAUCCCAAAAUACCCACAAGACUGGAAUGGAACAGAUUGGUCAAAUGGGUGUAUCCGAAGAACCCAAUUGGAUUGUGGGGAUGGAGACAUGUUUUUGAAAUACACAGGUAUAAAAUUGCCGGACUCACGCCAUUCCUGGUUCAACAGGAGCAUUGGCCUUGAGGAAUGUAAGAGAUUGUGCUUGAAAGUUUGCAGCUGUACAGCUUAUUCUAAUGUAGAUGUAAGAGAUGGUGGAAGUGGAUGCUUGCUCUGGUUUGGAGACCUAACUGAUAUUAGGGAGUUUGAUCAAGUUGGCCAAGAUCUAUAUGUGAGGAUAGCUGCAUCAGAUCCUGAUAAUUCCCAAAAUGGACAGAAGAAACAAGAGGCAAUGAAGAUAGUCAUACCAACAAUUUCAGGGAUACUUAUUUUAAGUUCUUUGGUUUGGUUUGCACUAUAUAAAAGGAAAAAAGGAGCUGGAAUAGACAAAGAAGUCCAUGAUUUACCAUUGUUCACUUUGGAAACAGUUGUUUCUGCAACAAACAACUUUUCUUCUGAUAAUCUUAUUGGAAAGGGUGGAUUUGGACAUGUUUACAAGGGUAAGCUAUUUGUUGGAACAGAAAUAGCAGUUAAAAAGCUUUCAGAAAAUUCACACCAAGGAGCUCAGGAGUGGGAGAAUGAAGUGAUCAUAAUUGCCAAACUUCAACAUAGGAACCUUGUCAGACUUCUAGGUUGCUGUGCUGAGGGGAGACAAAGGAUGCUAAUAUAUGAAUAUAUGCUAAACAAUAGCUUGGAUUACUUCAUAUUUGAUGAGAGCAGAAAAAGAAUACUUACAUGGCAAACACGCUUUGUAAUUGCAACGGGAAUAUCACGUGGACUCCUUUAUCUUCACCAAGACUCUAGAUUGAAAAUUAUACAUAGAGAUCUGAAGAUGAGCAACAUAUUACUGGAUGCUGAAUUGAACCCCAAGAUUUCUGACUUUGGCCUUGCUAGAAUUGUAGAAGAAGAUGACGGCCUAGCAAAAACGAAGCGAGUUAUAGGGACAUAUGGUUACAUGUCACCCGAGUAUGCCGUUGAUGGAAACUUCUCUGUAAAAUCAGAUGUUUUCAGCCUUGGAGUGAUUUUAUUGGAACUCAUUAGUGGAAUAAAGAACAGGGCAUUUCAUCAUUCAGAUCAUCACCACAAUCUUCUGGGUCAUGCAUGGCUAUUGUGGAAUGAUGGCAACCCUAUAGAACUAAUGGAUAAUUGUGUGAGAGACUCUUAUGUGGAAUCUCAAGUACGAAGAUGCAUUCAUGUAGCUCUUCUUUGCGUUUCGAAACUACCCAAAGAUAGACCAACAAUGGCAUCAGUAGUUUUCAUGUUGGAGAACGAGGAAGUGGCUUUACCUAAACCUAAAGAGCCAGGCUUCUUUGUGGAAAGGAGUUCAACUGAAGCACCUUCUACAGAUAAGGAAAGAUGCUGCUAUGAAAUCGCAAUGAUAACAUUCAGCACUCUUGAAGGUAGAUGAAAACAACGUAAUUUUGAUUGUAUCUCUCUAUGUAUUACUCCCAUUGCAUCUCCCUCAAUUGCUUCUAACUCAAUCGCACCCACUUCUAAUUUACUCCCACUAUUUGUAAUGAACACUGCUGUAUAAUACUAUAAUGUAAU